AAACUUGACAGAAGGUGAGCCAAGUAACAACCACAACUGUGUCACCAUCUCCUCAAUGACCAAGCUGAUGGCCACCGAAAACUGUGACGUCCGUCAUCCCUUCGUCUGCAUGUAUGAGGCGGAUAGUAAUGUUCUCCUGGUAAAGGAAAACAAGAGCUGGGAGGAGGCGCUGGAACACUGCCGAAACCUCAGCAACAGUGGCUUUCGCUACGAUCUGGUCAGCAUACAACCUGGAGACGAACACGAGGACGCAAUGAGCAAGGCCAUGGAGGCUGACACGGAGGAGGUGUGGACCGGCCUGCGUUUUCUGGGUGAUGAGUGGCUGUGGAUGAACGGGGAAAGUACGAUGUACAGCGACCUGUCUCAGUGUCCCAUGCAGGAGCAGCGCUGCGGAGCUUUAUCCAAGAACACCAGCAGUCUGGAGACCAGAGACUGUUCAGAGAGGAAAAACUUUCUCUGUUACCGUUUCAUAUUUUAAUGCCAGCGUUUUCAUAGUGGAGCAUCUCUAGCCAACUAGCAUCCGAUAGGUUGCCUGGCACCCAACGAUUUAAAACACUUUCUUUAAAUGCUGAAUUAUUAACCCACUCAAAGGACCAUAGAAUAUAUAUAAUCUAACAGAAAAUAAUAGCUGUUCGAUUAAGUUAUUUAAUUUUUCCUAUUUUCAGUUUAAUUUUGUUUCUUCAAAUGAGUGUGAAAAUGUACAUACGAUGC